AGGGGUGUGUGGGGUGUGGGGGUGGGGUUUGGGUGUGCGGGCGGUGGUGUUGGUGGGGAGAGAAUGAGCGGCUCGGAGAGAUGGACGCUGUCGAACCUGUGCACCUCUCCUGUCUUCCCUGUGGACAACCUCUCCAUAUAAAUGGCGUUUGCGACGGCAACAGAAGUCCCACAACUUUCUUCACGAUUUGUGGCGCCAUGUCUACUCUCUUGCGCGCCCUCCUUGUAGCUGCAGCGCUGCUGCUGCUUGUGUUCCCCCGCGCCGGCGCCGGCGCCGAUGCCAAAGCUGAGGAUGACCACCAUGGGAAAAUUAGAUACAAAAACCACGUCCAUGGCGAUCAUCUGAAGGGCCACCACGGGACCUUCAAGUCCGGCAAGUGGGAAUUCGCGCACGCCACCUUCUACGGAGGCAGUGAUGGCUCCCAAACAAGAGGUCUGCCCUUCUCUCCCAUGCCUUCUACAUGUUGCCUGUGUUUGCCUUCACGUACGUCACGCGCCGGAAACUCUACCCUUGCAGAGGGCGCAUGCGGCUACGAGGACACGGUGACCGAAGGGUACGGGCUGCAGACGGCCGCCAUGAGCACGGCUCUGUUCAACGACGGCCUCACAUGCGGCGCCUGCUUCGAGAUCAAGUGCGUAAAUGACAAGGAGUGGUGCAAGCCGGGCCACCCUUCCAUCUUCGUCACCGGCACCAACCUUUGCCCACCCAACUACUACCAGUCCAGCGACAACGGAGGCUGGUGCAACCCUCCCCGUGUGCACUUCGAUCUCACGCAGCCAGCCUACCUCCAGAUCGCCCAGUACAAGGCCGGAAUCGUGCCGGUGGCCUACCGCAGGGUCCCGUGCAAGAAGCGGGGAGGCAUCAGGUUCACCACCUCAGGGAACCCCUACUUCCUCCUCGUCCUGGUGUGGAACGUGGCCGGCGCCGGGGACGUCCACAACAUGCAGAUCAAGGGGAACAAGGUGGGGUGGACUGCCAUGUCCAGGAACUGGGGGCAGCGCUGGCAGACCAACGUAGACUUAACGGGGCAGUCGUUGUCGUUCCGGGUCACCGCCAGCGACGGCCGCCGCUCCACCUCUUGGCACAUCACCCCCCGCAACUGGCAGUUCGGGCAAACCUACGAAGGCAAGAACUUUAAGUUCUGAGCAACGCAGCAGAAGCUCCACCUAAACCCGUAGUUCGUCCUACGGAUCAUAUCUCUGAGCUUGAGAUUCAUAGACUUCC